GAAGGGUUCGCCCGCGUCAUCUUCCGUCGUCUUACUACCUAACCACCUAACCGCCGAGAUACCCGAUAAUAAUUAGAGCAAAAAUGGCUACAGUCGAACACUGUCUAUACUGCUUCGAAACGCUGGUCGCGUACUUCGAGAGACGCAAACCCUUGGACCUCGAAGAGAUCCAAGAGUCGUAUGAAGAAUAUAGCAAGGAGUUAGAGGCGGCAGCCCUGUCCGAUAAGACGGAGAGCCUCGAGAAGCGCAUCCCGGCCCUCAGGAGGGUAGCCGACUCUAACGAUUCCGGAUCGAGUGCCUCGUCUCCUGCCUCAGGUUCCAGUAUGUCCCUCAGCACCGAAACCGCUGCUACGUCCACCGAUUCUCUCCCAGACUCCGAACCUCCAAUUACCGAGUCGCCGCUGUUCGUGACAUGGAACACAGUCGAUCCCGAUUCAGACGACACUUCACUGCGGGGCUGCAUCGGCACUUUCGAGGCGCAAGAGCUUGACGAUGGCCUUAGCUCGUACGCCAUCACCUCGGCAAUCCACGACACGCGAUUCAACCCCAUGUCGCAGCGGGAGUUACCAUCUCUCGAGGUCGCCGUUACGUUGCUUACGAAUUUCGAGGACUGCGACGACGAAAUGGAUUGGGAGAUCGGGACGCACGGGAUAAGGAUAAGUUUCACAGAUCGCGGCAGACGGUUCGGUGCUACGUACCUCCCAGACGUGGCGGCUGAGCAGGGAUGGACCAAGGAAGAGACGCUGGUGAGCCUCAUGCGAAAGGCCAAUUGGGGUGGUAGAAGAGAUAAGUGGCAAUCCGUCAACUUGAACGUCGUGAGAUACCAGGGCAAGAAGAAGUCGAUAAGAUACCCCGAGUACAAGCGCUGGCGGGAUUGGGUGGAUCGGAAAAGUGAGGAAGAGGUGUAACCGCGAACGGGUUCAGAGGAAGGGAGGGGCACGCGGGUCUAGGUACGCGCUUAAGAACGCGAGAAAGAAAGCAUACACGCGGACGCAUUAUAUGGGGCGGUAUAGGCGUUUGUGGAAAGGGAGGGAGUAUAGAGCACGGCGCCAGAAGAAGUAACCGCGUCAGUAGUGCAGGUGGUGGUGGAUGAUUUGAUGAUACAGGUAGAGCAGGGUCGCUUCUCCCGUUUUUCCUGCGAAUGCUUUCGAAUACUAUUGCCAAUCUAAUAACCUACUUUACAACUAUCCUUAGGCCAAUCUCCUCUUUGGUUCUAAGUGUCGCCCUUCAUAUAAGUCAUUUCCCCUACUAUCCCUUACUAACGAGGACAUGUUCACUGUAACAACGAUAAAUCGGGAUAGGUUGGAACU